GCGCCGCGCGCGGCGGUGCGCAGCGGACUCAAAACAAACAUGGCGCUCGGUGCUGGCGUGAAGCGUCAUUUUCCGAUGCGCAAAGUGGACGAUGUUGUCGAGUUCUUUCGAGCGCAGCUCGAGAGCGACAACGAGCCGGACCUGGCGUUGCUGUCCAUCGUGAUCGGGUACAUCGAGAACCUGCUGACAUUCCACCGCAACGUCGGCGUCGAGCCGGCGUCAGGCGGCGAUCAGCGGCAGCCGUGCUUCCCCGUCGUCGAGAUCGGUCCCAUUGAAGCGCUGCACGCCAAGUUCGCCUGUCAGAUCAAGGGAUCGCUCGACCUGAGCGCCAUCGAAACGGACUCUCCGGCCGGUCUGCGUGAUCUCAUCAAGCGAGUGUCGGACGCGAUCUGGUCGUCUCUUACGAGGAGUUACUACAAGGAUCGGCCUCACCUCCAGUCUCUCUACAGUUAUCUCACCGGAAACAAGCUGGACUGCUUUGGUGUGGCCUUUGCUGUAGUAGCUGCUUGCCAGGCAAUGGGGUUCCCGGAUGUCCACCUGGCCCUGUCGGAGGACCACGCAUGGGUCAUAUUUGAAGAGCGUGAAGAGACAGCUGAGGUCACCUGGCACGGCAAAGGCAACGAGGACAGGCGAGGCCAGCCCAUACCGCAGGACAAGAGCUGGUUGUACCUCAAUGGCCACGCCAUUCCGUGCACGCGGGCGACCGAGGUGGCUGCGCUCGUCUCCGCCAUCAACCCCACCAUCACGCCCACCACAGACAGCACCGAGCUUGUCAACCUCCAACAGCAACUGCUAUGGCUCCUGUACGACAAGGGCCACCUCCGGAAUUACCCGAUGGCGCUGGGGAACCUCGGCGAGCUGGAAGGUCUGUUUCCAACGCCGGGUCGGCCCCCGCCACAGGACCUGUUUGCAGAAGCUGUUCAUGCGUCGCGCACAUACUACCAGGACCAUCAUGUUUACCCCUACACCUAUCUGGGCGGCUUCCUGUUCCGCAGCGGGCGCCUCAAAGAGGCGUUGCGUGCAUGGGCAGAUGCUGCUGAUGUUAUUCGAAAGUUCAACUACGGCCGUGAGGACGAGGAGAUCUACAAGGAGUUCAUGGAGAUUGCCAACGAGCUGGUACCGCAGCUGGUCAAGCUCAGCAGCACGGGGGACGGCUUGCUUCUGCAGGAUCCGAGCUGCUUCGCACACUUACUGCGCUUCUAUGACGGCCUGUGUGCCUGGGAAGAAGGUUCAGCCACGCCCGUGCUCCACAUUGGCUGGGCGCGACCACUUGUCGGGACCAUCGCCAAGUUUCCAGCGUCGGUGAGGGCAGCGGUGUCGGUGCACGCCUCGACGGGAGACGAGGGCGAGGAGGUGGAGCACAAGAACCACAAGGAUGCACCGCCCUCGGUCUCUAAAGAAGACUCCAAAAAAGGCAGCGAGACGUCAUCGCAAGACAGCCUUAUGGCUGAUGGCAAGGAGCCGAAGGAGGAGGACUUCCUCAAGAGCCUGGAGAACCAGCUGGGACAGAGCAACGGCCCGCCUCACCCCGACAUUGUCGCCCUGGCUGCGGCAUGCGCAGAGAACAUCCUCAACCCCGACUACCUCUUGGGCUGCGGGGAGCCCUUCUCAACCAAAAACGGCAACAACGGGCUUUCCGCCCUGAAAGCCUCAGAGUCGGACUUUAUGGUCGGCGACCUCUUUGACCCCAAGGUCAAUGGCCACACGAGCACCGAUGACCUCAUUCGGGCUGUGCAGCAGGAGGCCAACAACAACAACAGCUUCAGCUUCGACGAUGACGACCUAGAUCUGGAUGAGGCAAAGGCAGCGCUGACUGCGAAGCCGGAGAAGUCAGGAAGCCGGAGUAGUGGCGAUGGUGGUGCGGCGACAGUCACGCUGUCGAGUCAAAAGAUGGCAGGCCUCAAGGAUCUCCUUCUUGCAGAGAAGCUGAACACCUCAGCGAUCCAACUGCAGCUGACGGCUCAGUCACAGGUCCAAGUCGUCAAACGAGGCCAAUCCAAUCCAGCUGGCGGGCCCCACGAAGCCACAACACGACACUCCAAGAGGAUGCGCCGGGAAUAGAAAGCAGGGCCAUCAAACUUCACCAUCGCUGUUGAAACCCCGCUGUGCCGAUUCUGCAGUGCUAAGUGAUCGCUUGUCGUCUGCUUGCACUUAGCAUCGUUUGCAGACGUACGCAAUCUCUGUUGGUUUUGAACGGCAGAUUGCUAUCCCCGAAAUUGUAAAAAUUCUUUGGCUUGGCGCUUUGUGCUGCGGCUUGCAGGUGGCCUUUGCUUGAAACGCUGCGAGUCUGUCUGUGUGCAGGGCGGAGUGCACCAUUUUGUGAGAAGUGUUGUCGCGGCAAUGUGUGAAAUGUUUUAGAUCGAUUUGUUAGGUCAGCAAAGGUGUAGUUGUCGCUUCUUCAUUUCUUUUUUUUUUCCUUUAUUUUUUUGCCAGUGUUGACGCAGCCUUGAGUCACACUGCAAAGUUGUGUUAUUGUUGGUCAGACCAUCACUUUUUUUUAAUGGUCAGUGUUGUUUAGAGGCUGGAGGGAGAAGUGUUCUCUUUUACCUUCCGCCUUCCCCACCCCUCUUUCUUUUUUUGCAUGUACAGACCACAGGUUCAACCAAAGUUGAACUUUGUCAGGGGCACCUUGAACAGCGUUGACGUGGCCAUUAAUUUAUGCACUUUGACGCCCAGUCGAGGUUCACUUUAUCACUGUCGUAGACACGUCCUUCUGUUGAACCAAGGCUGGGAUGUCAUCUAAGUGCUCUUGUGUAAAUCGUGAAUGCCCGGUAUGAAGCUUUAAGACUUUUUUUUUAUUACGUUUUUUUGUGUUGUGCGAAUGUAGUCACCUGCAUUUAAGAGAGCACUGCAGCAGCAGUGCUGCUCAGCGGCAUUUGUUUCUCGCACAUUACUUAGACAUCCUUGGUCUCGCAUUGUUUUGAAUGUGGGACGCACAAGACUGGGGGGACCACACUUUCCAUUAUUCAGUGGCGCACAGCUUAUGUAACGCUUAGUCCAGUGUAACGCCGUUGCCAGAUUGAGGUUCUUGAUAGCGCAGAAUGCUUAUUGAGCGUUCAGUGCUUUUAUCUAUGCCGUCUGGCUUGGGUUGAUAGAAGCUUUAUUACCUAUCUGAAAUUGAAUGGCAAGCCCGAAGAUCGUACGGUGAUGUGUGUUUUUAUUCUUGCAACCUCAAAACAAGGUUUCGCACUUGCCACUGCCUUGUGCUCACUGAAAUUUUUAACAAUGUUGCAUUUCUUGAUCCUCAUCGAUCAGUCGCACCUUGUAUCCUUGUUUUCUUCGUGCAAACUCUUAGCUGCUGACGCUUAGCGAAACCAAUUAAAAUCUCUGCAGCAGUUCGCUAUUCUCUUGGCGGAAAGCGUAUACAACAGUGGUUUUUCGCUAAUGCCACAUAAACAAGAUAAGCUAAGAUGUCAAGUGCAUAUUAUUGAAUGAUGCGUACCGAAGAAAUGCAGUGUUGUCACAAAAUUUGUGCUAGAACUAAGCAGCGAUAAGGCCCAAGUCUUCUUUUAAAGCUGUUCUAAUGAAUACACAGGUCACUGUAGCUACGCCUGUAGGUGAGAUAGGGAUGGUACUCACAGUAGGCGUGCUUUUGGUAUGAUGGAAUUGCCUUUGACGAAAGAGAUGGCUGUUUGCAACUUUAUUCCUCAUUAACCUGGCGGAGCUUAACUUUACGACAACAUGCGCAGCGACAAGUCAAAUGUCACAGUAUACUUGUGAGGUUUAUAUGUGUAUAUAUUUGUACAUAACUUAUGGUCUUAUCUUUGGUUGACGUCUAGUCGAGCAUGGUCAUUUUGUGUACUUUAGUGUGGGUAAUAUAAUUUCAUUUUCUUUUUUCGGGAGCAAGGAAAAAAAAAUGAAUUUCAGAAUUUUACACCUUGGAAAGUGGGUACAAAAAAAACUUUUUUCAAAUUUCUGAAUAUCUUAGGCUUUGCUGGUCUGUCCAGGCAUGGGGGCGUUUGUUUCAUUGAGUUUUUGUUAAUUCCUUAAGUUAAUCGUAGCAUUUAUUUUUUUUAUUUGCAUGGUUAUUCAGGCACCCGUGGUACCUUUGGUGUUGGGAGCACUUUGACGCCAUCUCUUUGAUGCAGUUAUAUUGUGAUUUUACGCCAACACUCGCAUCACAAGAGACAUAUUUGCACGGCGUGGAAUCUUUUAGAAGUGUUGAUUCUCAUUUUUCCAGUCUGUAAUACCACAGUGCUAACUUAUCUCUGUAGCUACCUCCCACAUUGGUACGUGAUCUUCAUUGCACAGGUAAUGCUCAUGUUGCAGUUUAUUUUCUGUCAGACAAUGGUCAUCAAGCUUUAAGAAGUCUGCAGCGCUUGUGGUGAAAAAGGCGAAAUGCACUCACCUGGUGUGUUCUUCUAUAUUUAAGUUCCAGUCACACAGGCACUUUAAGCAUUUCAAAAAUUUAUAUUGUUUCAUUUCGCACACACAAGAUGGAGGAAAACGACACUAAUGAAUUCAGCGAAGCACAAGCCACCAACACAACUGUCUGUCUUGUUCUUUUUCAAUGUGUGCUUACUAUAGGUGAUGAUUGAGCUUAAGCAUAAAAGGUAAAAAAAGACAAAGAAAAUGCUUAAAUGUGACAAUAGAAAGAAAACUUAGGCCAGCAGAGCUACUUUUGUUGUUACUAGGUUCUUCUCCAAAUUGUGCAGGAAGAAGUGGAACAUUGAAAUUAUGGGGUUUAACGUGCCAAAACCACUUUCUGAUUAUGAGGCACGCCGUAGUGGAGGACUCCGGAAAUUUCGACCACCUGGGGAUCUUUAACGUGCACCUAAAUCUAAGUACACGGGUGUUUUCGCAUUUUGCCUCCAUCGAAAUGUGGCCGCCGUGGCCGGGAUUCGAUCCCGCGACCUUGUGUUCAGCAGCCUAACACCAUAGCCACUGAGCAACCACGGCAGGUGAAGUGGAACAUUAUGAAUGCACCUAAACGAAGUGAUGGAAGGUGAACUUUGUGUGGGUGAGGCAUAAACACUUGCUUUGUAGGAACAUUUGGGUUGAUACAGGUAACUCAGGUUCGCAAACCCCUAAAUUAGGGUUUCCACUUCUGUCACUACGGAAGCGUUGCUGCAAAAAUCUGGCAGGCGACGGUGCUGGCGACGGACUGCAAUGUGAAAAGCACAUUCAAAUGAAGCGAUGAAGUUGUGAGUAGCCUUAUGCAGCUUUGAAGCCUGAUAAUGUAGGUGCAAUUAUUCUUUAAUGACAAAGCAAAAUAAUCGUAAUACACCAUAUUCAGCUUGCACCACAGGCAAGUACAUUGGCCAUGAAGAAUGUUUAGCAUAAGUGGCCGGUGACCGGAGCGGCAGAAUCUCGAAUUGUGGGGAAGGUUGCCAGUUACGUACAUCAGCGUUCAAGUGACUGUGCACAUAUAUAUACGACAAUCUUUUCAUCUCACAUUCGUUUGAUGGCCAGCCAUUAUUUUUUUUUUCCCAAACAGUAGCAGCAGCAACUGUCUACCAAAAUGACCUUGUGUGUGAGGAAUGGGAAUAGCCUGGUACUCUUGUUGCUCCAUCCACAUGUCGUCAUGCGGCAUUUAGUAUUGCAGUUUUGCUGUGCCGAUUGUCAAUCACUUGAGCUAAUAAUUUUUCGAGAAAGCACUGUGCGCCCUCACCAAAAUUUCAGCCUAAAAGCUUGGAAAUCAAUACACUCAGUUUACUCCGUCUUCUAAUUCACUCCAUCUAGUUGGCAGGAGUUCUCUAGACACAAUUUUUUCAAUUGUUUAUCUACCAUAGGCCAGAACGCAGUUAAAUUGAUGCGAAUGAAAAGGUUGAACCAGUAGCUGUCAACACCUGCAAUAAACUGUCGCUUGCAAAACUUUACAAGUGGCAACUCUUAACUGCGCUAGGGGUGGCUCAAAAUGUGCACCCUGUCAUACUGGCGUUAGAGAGUCAGAAGAGUGUUAGCCCGCCGUUGACUCAUUUGAAUCGGGAGAUGCACACUCGAAGUGUCGAAGUUUAUGGUACCGUGUGGAAGUACUCCAAGUACUAAGCUAAGCUUCCAGCCGACUUUUGCAUUAAUAGGGGCCAAGCACAUUAACCAGUGCUACACCAAAGAGCUUACUUUCCUCCCUAGGGCUGAUUUUUGUUCCAUAUCGCUGUCUCUUGGAGCGUACUAAAUGGAUACAUUAGGGCAAGCUAAUUUCACUCCAAGGUAUCUGCUGCCCCCCUUUUUUCAGAUGAAUUAUACACGCAAAGGGCGUGGGGACUCAGGAUAUUGCACUAUUUGUGUCCUCUCUAUGGAGUAAGAUAGACAGGCAUGCCGACUCUGCUUAUCUGGAAGGGAGAGAUCCUGGAAUGCUGGUCGCCGGUUCACAGCGGAUUUGUCAGGUGGCGCUACGUAUGAGAGAAAAAUGUGGAGUGGACAUGGGAGGGGGGGCUGCUCCAAUCAACCAAGUAGUGGGUAGAGUGUGGGUGCGCUGCUGUGGCAAGCUCGAGUCUUUCAGCCGUUGCUAUAGAAACGGCAUUAGGCCAUGCUUAACCUUGCUCCCGAUCUUCUUCGCAUAUUCGUUGUGUCGUCUGCUCAGCGCGUGCUGUAGCACCAGAAACACGCAUAUGUAUUGCAGUUCACGGAGAGGCGUUUGCAGGCGAAACAUGUCUUCACUUUAAUUCAUUUACUCGAAUUAUACCUCACAGGCCCCAUGUUGUGCCUUGAUUAAGGGAGGUUAAAUGGAAUUGUGUUAGGUGCAGGAACAAAAAUCAUGGAAAAAUGAAAUAUGAAGGCUAUGCAAGAAAAAAGAAACUAGAAAAUGGAGCGGCGGAUACAACGGUCGUCUGUGGGGUGUCGAGCUAUGUCAGGAGACAGUGUAAACAAACUUUUAGGGCAAUGGUGCCUUUUAUUACUGCUUUUGUUUUAGUGUCGUUCAAAUAGACAGAUGCAUGGCUUGCGUCUUUUCCUACGACACUUUUUGUGUUGCCUGGUUCUCUCCGUACCUUGUGGUGGUUCAUGAAGGCAGAAGCUUGACUUUCUCUGUAUGCUGAAAUUGCUCUGGCAAAAGUCCAUUUUGAGUUGUGCUUGAAGAGUUGGUGCUGUCCUCAUUUCGGGCUGUGGGGCUGCUGGGGCCGCUUUCUUCAGCAAAAAUCGUCGUUUGCAAGGCGUAUUCAAACCGUGCUCUUCGCUGAACAGAUCCCGGUGGACUCCAGGAUGCAAAUCUGAGAAUACCCUUAUGGCAUGUGGCCGGACGGGAGAACAAACCUACAGUGUGUGCGCUUGUAGACAUAUUGUUGUCCUUCUGCCUUUCUGCAUUGAUGUCUUGUGGUAGCUUUUGGCAUUUAGCAUCAGUGAGUUGCGCCUCGCUUUCUUCAAAAAUCAUAGAAACUGCUUCCUUUCGAAGUUGACCAAAGGACUUUCUUUUCGUUGCCGCACUUAUAAAGAAUCAUGUGCUACUCGAAAUCUGGUGCACAUUUUGUCAUUUGCUUUAGGCAGUCGCAUACUUCCAGGAAUUUUUCGUCACCACUGCUGUAGCAGUUUGAGCGAAUGCGGAUCACUGCGUGGCAUGAAAGACACGAGGAGGAAAGUGGAGGAAGAGGCCGUGGCGAAACCAUGAGGCGGAGAGCAGAGGAAGAAGGCAUGGCGAAAGGGUGACAGGAAAGGUGUAGUGGGGCAACAAUGGCUACGAGAUAACGCCAGAGCAGCGUGCAUUCUCUAGGUCUGUCGGCAGCAGCUGCUGCGAAUAGUGCCCACACGUCACCCACGUGCUGGCCCUCGUGAUCUCCCGGUUAGCGAGGCAGUCACACUAUACUUCACUCCAUUUGCAACUUGCUGCUCCAUUUGCAGCGUGCUGCACGAGACAGAUUUUCCACACCAGCCAAUAUGUAGAGAAAUGAAAACAUGCAUAGAGCUGCGUUCAAAUUUCACAUUAUGGAGUAUCGUAUUCGUCGGUGAAUUUCUUUCGUCUGCUUUCUGCAGGGACAUGUACAAAUGCUUUGUGUAAGUGCAGAAAGAGCAGGGGGCAUGUGCACAUUCGCAUUCUUUUUAUUUGUGUGCACAUAAUUUUGUGUUUCAUCGCUGUUGAAUUGAGAUGGCCAAAGGUCCGAUUGUGUGGCGGUGGAGUCGGCACUACUGUCUGUCUUACCCCAUAGUCCAGUCUUAAAGACAAGGGCAUUCAACCUGUGCACUUCUGCUGCCUCAUUGCAGUAGGAGGGCCUAAAUCAGUGAAAGGAAUAACAAAUUUUGCAUUGAAAUCAUAGUGUUGCUAAACCAUCGCGUAUUUUUAACUAACAUCUGCGGAGAAAAUUUUUAAAGAACAGUGUAGCAGUAUAGCCUGAUCUAGUGCUUGCCUUUAGUGCCACUUAAAGCAGUACUGAUGCACCAUUUUGGACUUGUAAUUUUUCCACGUUAACUGACACUCCAAGUCCUUUAAAGCACACAUGCACACAAAAGAAACUGGCUAGUGUCAAAGCACCCUGUAUAACUUAAGCUUACUAUAAUGCUUGUUUCUAUAAACCAGUUUUAAUUUGGGGAUGCAGGAGGUGGUUGCGUCUUGAUGUGCUGGCCAGCUUCAUUUGUGCAAGUGCUGUAGCUGCCCCACGCAUGGGCAGCCAUCUUGUUCAUUUGUUUUAUGAGCAAAGCCAUCGCACGUUUAUUUCUAAGUGAUGCCAGCAAAUUUUUCUGUGUUUCCUGACAUCACGAUAAUGUUGAUGACACCAGGUACAGCAGUUUGAGACCAACGUUAAUAGGAAAUUCUAAAACUGGGGCAGAACUCACCUGUAAUGACAGUCCAGGCACUGCGAAUAGCAGUAUUUAGGGGUAAAAAUCAGUUUGUUUUAACCUGAAUCAGUGAGCGCAAUGUAUGUCCCCAGAAUGUUCUGGGAGGAACCUGAAUAGAAUGGGACUGCACUAGAGUGCACCUUCGCUUCGACUAGUCUAGGCAUUUUUCUCCACAUAAAUAAUUGAUUCUGCAUUCUGAAAUUAAGUCCUACUUCAGCCAACUGACAGAAGUUUACAAGUACGUUAUUCAGAAUUUGGAUGUUAUCGCAUAGUUUUUGCAAAACACCAGUGCUUCCGGCAGUUCUAUGUGCUUUGCGAGAACGGCUUUUCGUGUGAGAAACGCAUGGUAGAGUGCCUACGACUUCAAAUAUAUGGGUUCGUACUCCUCGUAAUGCUUCCCUGCAGGCAGACGUUGCUAGCUGCAAAAGUACUAGCAAGUGGUGCCAGGUUUCUCGAGCGCGCCGUUGUUCCAUACUGCGCUUGAUUUUAGAUUUUUUUGAAACAUGGUAUUUUGACAUCGCAGAUGCGGUAGUACUAGCAUUGAGCAGCAUUAGCGUGCGUAGAAAAGAAAAAAAAAAGCAUUUUGUACUGUUCGUGCCUGCGUGCUGCACAAUUCAAAGCACCUGUUAACAGGCCACUGUUUUUUCACUUUGAAACAUGUAGUUAGCACCACUCACGUAUGAAGAAAACAAAACACUCUUUUUUUCUUCAUCACUACCAUACCUGGAUGUGGAAUUUGUCUUAAGACAUGUCACGAAGGCAGUAAUGGCACUAGUGGCAAGUAAUGUGAGAGCAGCAGUGGAAGGAUUUUCUGAGGUCACAGUAGCAUGCUUACAAAGUAGUUUUAAUAGAGUUUAGUUUAUUGUUAAGCCUGCCUUUAUGUUGGAAGAAAAUUAGUCAUUGCUCAUCAAUUUUAAUUGAGUUAAUUGAAGAUGAAUUCAUCAAGUUGAAUGGAACUAAGGCCAGGACGUGAAAAAAAAAAGAAAGGGAAAAAAUGCUACCUGAUCAGCUUAUGAUAAAACAUUCAGUUUAGCUACAUAUAUGUGCUUUAUGUCUAAAACAACUUUUGUGCGAUAUCUAUUGUUGGCUCUGGAUCUGGGAGCAAGCACUAGACAUGAUGAUUCAGUAAAGAAAUGCUACAAGACGCACAUAUUUAGAGAAACAGGGCGGCAGACCAGCUCACGAGCCCAUGUGACUUGUAAGCUUGUGUCGUUUACUUACUUUUGUAACGACCAUCUGUUGCGCUAUUUUAUUCUACUAUGGGUGUGCCUCUCGGCAUUUCUUUGCAGAACCAUUGUGUGCAGAGCGUACUUCUGAAACCGCAGCUUGUCCAGCACAUGACACGAGCAUUCGUGCCACCUGGCACAUGUGUGGAAUGAAAAACACAUGUUGCGUAGAGCCGUGAAUUUCAGAGCUAUUUCUGUUGGCUGUCAGUCUCUAGAAGCGACAGAUACUGGCAAAACUAACUCAAUCCUUCAUACAUGUAUUGGUUUCACCACUUAACCAAAUUGUAUCAGGCAAUGUGUUGUUUUGGUUUUAUCCUUUAUGUACAGCAGAUUCACUUUAAAACAAACUUUGUUAUGACAUAUUCUGUGAUAACCUGGACCUAUAUUUGCAAAACGUAUCUAAGAGUGUUUUCUCAUUGGCUGUUGCUCAGGUGCCUGUCAUUCAUGGUAGGGAUUUAUGAAAUAGUGGAAUGAUCCUUAUAGUAACGGCCAAUCUCGGGAACCAUAUAAGUAAUGUUUUGUGAGUGUGGGAGCCAGAACUGUUUGAGGAUCUUUCUUCACUUUCUUUUAAAUUCAUUGUUAAGAUGAACGUUUGAUAAGGUGAGUAGAUUUCUGAGGUCCUUUCAUAUUGUCCUUCAAGGGAGUCUGCUGAACUAUAAAUCAAACAGAAGACUGGAAUUUAGAUUACCCAACAAGAAGCUUGCACCGUGGUAGUCCAAGUGUAAGUUGUGUUAAUUAGGAGUAGUUUCAUUGACUGGCUACUUGAAAGGGGAAAAAAAAUGCACAGUUUUACAUCUUAUAGCAGGUGCAUUGGAUAAAUCAUAACUGCUUCCAUAUUAUUGCCAGCAGACAACGCAGAGACACAUAAUUGCAAUUCUCAGUGAGGCAGGUGUAACCACUUUUGCUUAACAUCUUUCUUUACAUUGCUGUGUGUAAAUGUGAUAGCAACUUGUGCGUUUGGAGUAUUUACACCUGCUGCCUACAACUGACAAUUUUAUGUGCUGCAAUGCACCCAGCACAUUCGUUUGCGUUGCUGAUGUUUAUUGCAUGCAAAAAUCUCCUUAUGUGAGUUGUUACUGAAAUCUCCGGAGAUUAAUCUUGCUUGUAAAAUUUUCUGCACUGUUAUUUGCCCACAGUAUUUCCCCAAAACUUAGAUCCUGUAAAACUGACUGGCAAUUCAAAAAUGCUUUUAUGGAAUGGCUUGCUUAUUUCCAAUAAUCCAGCAUUGGUUGAUUUGAGUGUGUGUAGACAUUUUGAAGGGUGCUCAUGUUUGUUCAAUGUCUUUUUAAUUAACAUAUAUAAUUUGAUUGUAUUGCAUCUACUGUCAGGGUUGAAUUAACUGUAAUCAAUUAUAUGUCAUUCUGGGAUUACCUCAAUUUCGUCUUCUUUUUCCCAAAGAACUCGAGCGAAGGAGGCUAUAAAAGCAUCAUAACCAGUAUCGCGCAUGUCUUAUGCAAUUUCAUGUUUGAACUACUGUUUUAUUAAUUGCACGAAGCAGUUACUGUCAAGUUCCUGAUAGCAGGGAGGCUUGCAGUUAGCGUUCACCCUGUCACAAAUUCUUUAAAGUGCUUGAAGCUGGGAGUAUGAAAAAGCUGACGUAUUUAAUACGGCAAAGCAUUUCUCGAUCAAGACAGCUGAUUUUCUGGCAUGAACUCAACAUCCUGCACAAUUGGAAAUAGCCCACUUAAGCAUUUGCAGCCAUAGCUCAGUGGAAUGCUGGUCACUAGUGUGAAUUGGCUUAAUGAUAGAGCACGUCAUUUCCUUUCCGAGUGUAGGGCACUUUUUCAGUUCUCGUGCUGACGCCACCAUGCGGAGUGAACGUGAUAGAGCACAGUUUCGAGCGAAUCAGACUCUUAAUCGGAACGAGGCCCCUUUAAGUGAUCCGUAAAUUGGCAUGGAGGUUUUGAAUUUUUUGUCCGCCCCUUGUUUUGCUGGCAACAGAAUCAAACCCCCCUCUUGUCUUGCUGCACACUGGGGCUCAAUCUCGUAGCGGUUCAGAAAGCGAACUGUUCGCUUGCCUUUGCGUGAUUGGUCAGAAUCAUGCUGUCGUCAGCACAAAAGUGCCAUUCUGACUAAUCGCACUAGGACAAGCGAACGACUUGCUUUCCGAACAGUUGCCCGGUCGCACCCCUGAUCUCCCCCAUGGUUGCGACGGCUUCUACACAAGCACUCCUGUUGGUUGCGAGAAAGUUCGUGGCAUCCGGUGGAUGAAACUUUCAUUGUUAGGACUAGCGAAGGCAAAAAGAGAGAAAUGUAUGGCCAUGAUGUUAGCGUGCCUGACAAUUUCUGCGUAAUUUCUUGCGUUCUUGUAAGGGAUUGCCAAGUGGAUGCCGGCAGGAAGUUAGGACUAGUGCUUGACGAGGUAGGCAUGUGGAAACAUGAGCUUUUCACUUGUGCAAGAAUGUGCAAGGGAUUCAGGUCCCUCAUUUGACCACUGCAUGUGAUGUAGAUCCAAUUAGGGCCCCCUUGAAAAUGCACCAGGGAACGGACAAGGCCAUGACUAUUGGACGUGGAUAUCUCUAGUUUGUACGGCGCAUGUAACGUUGAAGCACUGAAUAGUGUGCAAGACUUGAGAUGUGUCAGCAGAGCUGUGCAUUUCAGUACUAGGGCAGCAUGUAUACCAGAUAGUUGUGAUCGUUUUAUUUAAUUAUAAUCCUUUAGAACUGGCUUCGCAAGUGAAUAAACGUGCAGACUGCGCCUUUAUGCAAGAGCUUUUGGCUGUACAAAUGCGAACUUUUCUUGGGCUUACAACAAUUAUUACAGAUGCAUCGGUUAAGACGUUCCGUGAAUUGCAGGCAGAUCAAAAUGUGCACUUUUGGUGACUUAACAGAAGCGAAAGGGGCAUUGCCACUGUUAGCCAUCAAUGCAAAAGUGGUUUCUCUCACAGCACAAUUCUGUGCAGGAGUAACCAAAUGCAAAGGUGUGCUUAAAUUGCCGCAUGCAACACGUGGAAAGUGUUUUUGAAAGCCUAACGUCAUGGAACUGGCAGUGUCUAUAUUGACUAUGGAAGAUGGUUUGUAAGAUCGCAGUUGUCAUUACUAAGGUGCUUGAAACAAGUUCCUGGAAAAGAAUCCCAAUGUUGAGAGCUGUUGCUGAUGUUGUCAAAGUGCUGGUUUUAAAUGGUACUGCUGGAAUAACAAUUGUUGCAUCCAUCUGUCGAUGGUGAUAGCUGGUUUGGCUAUAAAGCACAUAUGCUGCUGUUAAGAGAAGGGUGUUUGUUGCAUGCAGUCGAAAGUCUAUUCUGUGUGAAAGAGGAAGAGUCGCUCUUGUUGUUGAGGUGGCGUUUGUGCUGCCACUGUGAUUAACGAGUUCCCAGGUUUAUCCUGCAGUUGAUGCAAGCAUUGAUGCACAGUAUGCUGUACAGAAUUGUGACGACAUGUGCCCAUAUUUUUGUUAGAAAGCGAGCAUUUGUGGCCGUUUUCAUUUGUUGCAUCUGCCUGGUUCGUGUUUCGCCAGUGCUGGAGUCCUCACUCGAACGGAAUUGCGGAGGAUGUGACUGCUUGCUUCAUGUUAUCCUUUAGCUCACUUAAUGGCAAAAAGAAAGAAGCCUGCAUAAUUGAAAUGAGUGAACUGUAUGAGUUGCUAGAAAUGGAAGGAAUUUGUCUGCUAAUACGCUGUCUUCAUGGCGUUGUUUAUUUUAAAUAAUAGCAUUGAAGUAAAAGUGACAGCCAGCUGGAAACAAUGAGGUAGCUCAGGGGUGGUAUUCUCAGUCUGUCACUGUGGUGAACGAGUUCACUUUUGUGUGAAUAGCUCUGGACGUGUCACCUUGUAUAAAUUACAGCAUUCCUGGCGCUGUGUUGAGAGAGUGUGCUUGGUACUAUGCCAGGAAUGCUGCUACCCAUAGUCAUCAGCGACCCACAAGAUGGUGUUCACCCGAAAAUGAAAAUGCCAUCCCAGGAAUCGAAACAGUAAUGUUUGACAAGGUGAGCAAGGGUACUAGGCUAACGAUUCUUUACACCUUAUGUUUUGACAACUUUCGCUCCAAGCAAAGGAACCUGCCUUUGAUAGGAGCAGAUCUGUUGCCUGGCUAAGAGUUUUCUUUUGAGCGAAGACACCAGCACUGGGUGUUACAAAGGCAUCUGGGUAUGUUUGAAAAGAUCUCUAUUUGUAGAGGAGAUGGUUAGCCCAGCAGAGCCUGCCACCAAAGUACCACUGUACAUAGCAUGCUAGAGAGUAGGUUAUCUGUUGAAUGUUUAGUGGCUUGUAUAUUUUUUGCUUGUUAUUUGUUUCUUGCAAGGGGGCCUGGCUCCAAGCUGUGCAUCCCAUAAGAAGACGUUGGUUCCUGUGAGCUGUACAUUGCGUCUGUUGUGGUCACGGUGUAGUCAGAUAUGUAUACCAGCAUGUAUCAGAAAGUGGUUUCAAGUUGCAUUUCACACUGUUUACGAGCAUUUAUGCAGAGCAGAGCAUUACAUUGCUUGGCCUGACCCUACUUCACACGAAAAAGAUAUGCAUAUGCGUGUUUUUUAUCUGGACAAUGUGGUUUAAGCCUCUCUGGACUCAAAUGUGAGUCAGCCUGUGUUUUUGGACUCUGCGCGUCACUGCAUUAUGGAACACAAGUUGGUGUGAGGAAAGGCCAAUUUGCAUUUUUUCUUCUGCAAUGUUCCGAGCUUUUUUUCUUUUGUGCGCUUUACAGGCAGUACAAAGGACUUAGAAAAACAUGCCAUAUAAUUUUCAAAGAAGAAAAAGAAAGUGAUGCAGCUCUGUUGUCAGCAUCAGGGUGUUUAAAUGUAAUGCUGUAGUCUGGUUUCGGUAAGAGUGCUGCACAUUCGUAUUUGUAUUUUAGCUGCGUCUGAUGUUUAUUGCAGAUUCUAUGGGAGCAGGAAACACUUAACACUGCAGAUACUGGCAGCACUCUCUUGUGCUUGUUGUAAAACUGGAUCAAUUACUCUUAUCACAGAAUUGUGAGAGAUCGGUACCAAACGUCUGUCAAUUCACCAGCUUCGCCACAAAAAUCCUGCGCAUGCAUGAAGGUUAGACAAAGAGCAACUGUCUGCCUGUUGCACAGACACUUUCUCGAGAACGGUAAUGAAUAGAAUGUUGAAACGAAUGAGGUUUUCUGAACAGAAUUCGAUCGCCACGACAUCUCGCGUACCCUGUCGCUUCACAGCCUCUAGCUUGUUCGUGCCCAAAUUUGUGCGAGAGUUUCACAUUCUUAGUUUUUUUUUGUGUGGCACAUCAGUUUUCACUGUCUAUUAAGAAGAGGAACAUACCGAAAUUUCAGUGUCUGUUUAAAGGACUCCACACGUUGCCGUUUUCUAGGUGAAGUCGGGGUUUGUGCCAAGGUUUGUGCCUCUGCUUUCUGCUCCAGGAGGGCUCUAAGUAGCUUUUCCAUGUUUUACAGGUUAUGCACGACCAAAAAAAAAAAAAAGUGGAAGAGAGAGAUAUGGCGUUGGCCUCUUUGUCGCGGUAUGUGAUCAGAGUCAUUUGCUUGGCUUGCUUUUGCCACAGGUUUUUGGUGGUGUCCUCUCUGUUGGCAUUGGCUCUUGAGCGAAGCUGUACGUGUAGACGCAGCGGUUGUUGGCUUGUGCAUAUCGCUUGUUUGGUGUGUGUGUCUAACUCACAUGUCAGAGCUAUGCAAGUCCACAAACCGCGCACACACACACACACAGUUUUUUUGGGGGGGGUGGGGGAAGCUGUGCAUACUUGGCCUUCCUGAUAUCUUCCCCCUACCUCCCCCACUUUUACCUUUGAGGUCAGUUCCCACGUAGAGAGAGAAACUGUGAUGUUUUUACCUCCUGUUUUGAUCAGCAGAAAACAUUUGUGUUUUUGUUUUCUAGUGCACAAAGCAUGGUUGUAAAUACUGUCGAACCUUGUUACAACCAAGUUGCAUCCAACAUGAGAAUACCUUCGUUAUAACUGAUUAGUCAAACUCGGUAUAACAAACAUGGAUAUAUAACAAAUUAUCUGAUAUAGCAAAUUAUCAGUUAUAACGAGAUAAGUCUAAAAUGUUUCUUCCUGAUGCCAGCAUGUAAUGAAUAUAUGCUUAUAAUGAAAAUUUGAUAUAAUGCUAUUGUUCUGUCAGAUGCGACUUUGUUACGAGGUUCGAUUUAGAGGCACAUAUUCGUUACACUUUGAUAUCGGCGAUAAGCAUUUUAGAUCUACUUUUUAAUCCACAUUAUUUGUACCAAUCUUCGACUGUACUGUAGUCAGUGCCAGUUAUCUAUUAGUGUUUUCUUUCUUACACACGUGCAGUGUUAUCCUAGUACUAUCUCUCUACCUGCUGUUGACAUCUUGGAUAACCCAAGUAUCAGCCCAACGUUGUAUCUUGCAUAAGCACAGUUCAAUUCUUGCCUCGUUCUUUGAGGCUUGGGUCGAUUUCUCAAUCACUGGUUCUGCAUUUAAUGCAGUUUGUCUGAUGGGAACACUUGUGUAAAGGCAUUUGUGGAACUGGCACAGAUUCCAACUGGCAUCAGAAAACUUGUCAUGCACUUUUUUUUUUCUAUACACACAUUUAGUGCAGAGGAUAUCAUUACAUUGCACAUACAGCUAACCCAUUGUUUCCUUUGAAAAACAAAAGAAAACAAAAUAAAUGCCAUUUGGAAUACUCACGAUUUCAUUUUGAUGACCUUGAUCUUGCAUUGACAUCAGACAAGCUAUAUUUCAUGUCUGCAGGUCAUUUUUGGCGCUUUGAAAUGAUUGUUAAUUCUCCUAACAAGUCAUUUCGCAAGUGCACCAUACAGAGUGGUCGCAGCACCACUUUUCUAGCAUUUCAUCCUUGCAUUGUGAUGCAAAACAGGUUUUGAUUUUUCCAGAGUUAACACGGUUUGCACUUUGUGUUGAAUGUCUGUCAAACCGAUCUCCUCGGGGUCAAAACGAUUGACGCUGUGAACAGCUCUAGAAGUCACCCAGGUAUUUCUUUUUCCAAAUGGAAAACAGACCAAUGUUGUCAAAGUCUAUGUGUUUCUUUCUUCUUUGAUGCACAUAGUGUGUUCUCUCAAUGAAUGUGCACCUAAUGUUCAUUUAUUUUGUACAUAGACCAUGUGGGUAGUUAGUGUAUCUUUGGUUCACCAUUUCCAGCUGUCAUUUAUCAUGUAUGCAUGUACUGAGUGCAAAGUGCAAGUCAUGUUGGCUCCACUUUCGUGUGUGUGUUUUUUCUCUUACUGGCAGAAUUCGGUGGUUUGUUGCCAAUGUCCUUUUUUUUUUUGUCACAGAGAUAUUAUCUAUUAGCCUUUUUUCUCCCUUUCUGUACAGCAACAUUUAUUUUGAUUUCAGAUAUAUACAUAAUUAUUCACGCACACCAGCACAACACUCAAAAGGUAGUUUCUUCGGUUAACACAGUUCCUUUUUUUUUUACAUGUGGUAACAACGUUGGUGUCGAUCGAGUACUCAUUGGACUUGCCACUGGAAAAAAAGAAAAGCAAAACAAAUAAAAUGUCUGGUCAGUAUUUGAAA